CAAAAUUCUUGUUUUCUUUUCCAAAGGGCAGUCAUGGCUGAUAGACCCAACCGACCCCAGCCAUUUCGCUUUUGGCUCCCUUUCUGGGCAAAUCCAACCCUACCCCCUCUGCGUCCACCGAUCCCAGCUCGGUGGCAACCCCUACCACAAACUCCAGCAUCUACUCCAUUGCCUCCAGCUCAACCUCAAUCCCCAUCUCAGACACAACCAAAGUCCACACCAGCAUCAGCAACUCGAGCUGCGAGACCUCAGCCUCCAUCACCACUGCCAUCACUAACACGAAAGUCAUCUCAUUCUCUAUCGGGCGAUCGAAAAGAACAUCAGCCAUCACCAUCUCGCUUGCAGGUUCCGUCCCCGACGGUACCCGGGAAAGCAUCUCACCCCUCACAGCCAUCUAAAUUAGAUUCAAAAGGACAACCUGCAAUUCAGAAUGCUUCUACAUCGCCAUCAAAAGGAGCUUCCCAGCCACAACCAGGAGCAAUUCAGGAGUUGUCUCGGCUCCCAUCUCAACCUCUGCCUCCUUCCUCACAACCUGAAUCACCAAUUGGGAGUAUUACACAUUCAAACCAGUCAAAUCUACUGCCCCAGGAAUCCCAGCCUGUAGUACAAACCAAAUCACCUACACAAUUGCAGCCAGGAUUACAGAUACAAACUAUUUCUCAAACACAAGAAAUGAAUCCAAUCCAGCCAGCUUAUAUGCCACAAGAUAACCAACCUGCACAAGAUCUAGAGGCCAAACAAAGUUCUGUUAGUUCUCUGCAGAACGAUUUUCCAGCAGAAAUUGAUGCCACCCCUAGUCCAUACCCCUCGAUAUCUGAAAAGGAACCUAAGGAAACUAAUGAAGAAAAACCCAGAAAUUUUCUAGAAUCAAAAUUAGACAUGCAGCCUAGCAAACUCCUCAAGUCAGAAGAAAAUUCUGAAAUAGGUUCAGAAGAGCAGCCUGAAACAAAAGCAGAAGCUAGCCAAGAGAAAAAUCCAACCGAAAACGUAGAACCAGGCAGCCAUGUCGAAGGGCUGGAUGAAGAUGAGUCCAAAACAAAGAUAGAAACACAGCCCCAGGAACCUCAAGCUGAAGCAAGCAAUGGACCGGAAAAACAGACGGAAGCCAAGCUAUCCAGCAUAACAUCUGAUACCAAACCAACCAGAUCGUCCCUGAAGGCUGGUGAUAUCAUAGCAGAACUCAGAAGCUCAAAACCUGAGCAUUCUAAGAAGCAAGAGAACGUGACCGGAAAUAAGUCGACAAAAAAUGGUUCCAGCAGAAAAGAGGGUAAAAUUGCAAUCUCUACCAUGUCAUGUGCUAAGUUCAAUGGUCAGCGAGCUCCCUUUGAGAAGGAGAUCAAGGAGGGGCUUUCCAGACUGGCCCAGGAUUUGAGCAUUGGGCACUCAAAGAGGAUAGGAAAUGGACAAGCAGUGAGUAUGAUAACCUUAGCAGGUGAAAACAAUGGAGCAUCCAUGGUUAUAGGUUCAGACACCCAUGUUCACAGGGGAUUCAAGCAUGAUAAGGGCAAUGUUGAGGCAAGCAGUGAUAAUGUCGAUGGAAGGCGGAAUCCUGGAGGUAACGAAAACUCAGCAAUUACAGCCAGCAUUAAUAGCAAUGUGCAAAGCAUCAACAACUCAACCAUGCAUGACAGUUCCUGCAAUGUAAGAGACCCUGGCAUUCACCUGAACCUAUCAAGCAAGAAAAUGGAGGCUGCAAAUUUGAGGCGACAAACAGCGCCCCUUAAACCACAGAAGACUGCCCCUAGCAUAACACCUGCAGACCAGAAACCCUCCCACGAGCCCAGAAUCAGAAGACGGUGCCUUCGAGCUCUCUUUAUGGAAUCUAGUGAAAGUGAUCCAGAGAAGCCUCAGAAGCCACGACGGCAUGGAUGUCGCUUUAACUGUGAAGAGAAAAAGAAGGGAAAGGGUGAUCUUGAUGGCACCUCCACAACUAACAGGAAUGCAAGGGCAAGGCAAGUCAAGGAAGGAACAAGUAGAGCGUGAAACCAGCAUUCACAAUUGCACAAAACAGCAAUGUAAUGAGCCGCAGCUAUUAUAGCAGCUCUUUUAUUUUUUUUUUCUUUAAACAAUGCUGGCUCAAACAAACAAUCAA